AUGCGUACUGUCCACGAAUCCCGACAACAUCUGAACCCUUCAACAGACUCAAAGCUUGGACGUCACAGAGCAAGUAGCGAGCUGAGAAGCCUGUUCCAUGGGCAGGGUUUUGGGACCCAACUUUAUCAAAACCUUACCGUAUCAAUCACUGCAGGGCAAGGCAAUGGGUCUCCCGCAAAGGAAUUCUUUCUGCCGCUGUUCGCUAACUGCUCAGACGCAGAGAUGAGGAGGCCGGGACAUUUCUCGCCAGGGACGUUAGUUAUUUAUCCAGCUUGCUCCGAAGCUAACCAGAUAGCAGGAGUGAUCUCUGCAGAGAAUGCUGUACCAGAAAUCGCCAGCUCUUUCAUAGCCACGGGAAUCACUGACCAGCUUGGCUUCACAGGAAACGAACAAGCUUCAAAUCUCGUUAAGCUCUUCCCGCUUGCACUAGUCCGCUGUGUUGUCCUUACACAGGACGUAAUCAAAACAUUCAAUAGUAGCAGCGCUAUGAUCAUGAGCGGAAGCGGAGCGGCGGUGCCUAUUAGCAGCAUAUUCUGCGGCCAGUAA